GAGAGAGAGAGAGGGUCCCCUGCAGCUAGCCUUUUCCAUUCUUUACUUUGAAGCCACAUUACAUGGAUUCGAAGAAGGCAAACAAGAUCAGCGAGAUUGUUAGGCUUCAACAAAUCCUAAAGAAAUGGAAGAAGCUAGCCAAUUCCCCAAAGACCACUAUUAACAAGACCAACACCAGUACCGGCACUUGCAGCAGCAGCGGCGGCGCCACCACAGGCAACAAUGGAAGUAGUAGUACUAAGAGUAUUAAUAAGCUCCUAAAGAAAACGCUCUCCUUCUCUGAAAGCUCCAGUGUAUUGCGGGCACCAUCCAACGAUGCCGUCCCUAAAGGGUUUCUGGCGGUAUGCGUGGGGAAGGACUUGAAGAGAUUCGUAAUCCCAACGGAGUAUUUGGGUCACCAAGCUUUCGGGAUAUUACUGAGAGAAGCUGAAGAGGAGUUUGGGUUUCAACAAGAGGGGGUACUCAGGCUUCCUUGUGAGGUCCCUCUCUUCCAAAAGAUCUUGAAAAUGGUUGAAGACAAGAGGGAGGUUUUUUUGUUGCAUGAUUUUGGUUUUAACCACCAAGACAAUGAUGAAAUAUUGCAUAGUAGUAGUAGCAAUAUGGGUUGUUUCUCACCAGAUUGUGACUGUGAGCUUACCCAAAUGACGUCUCACCAUUCUCAGUUGUGCAGAUGAUCCUCCGAUCCUUAUAUUUCCUACUUUCUUUCGUGCUUUCUAUUUGAAUUUUUUUGCCGAGGCAAU